AUGGCUCACGGGUGGUGUGUCCUCCUGCUCACCCUAGGUGUGUGUGGUCUCUCCUCCUCUGUGCCACGUCAGUUCUAUGUGGUAAAUGAGUGGAAGAACUGGGCAGAAGCUCAGCAGUAUUGCAGAAGGGAGUACACUGACCUGGCCACCAUAGACAACAUGGCAGAGUUGGAGGCGAUCAAGAGGCCAAGCUCCACACAGCCCUAUGUGCUGGUUGAAGAGGAGAAGACCUGGGCAGAUGCACAGAGAUACUGCAGAGAGAACCACAGAGACCUGGCCACCAUCAGGAACGAGGCUGAGAACAAAAAGAUCAAAGACCUAAUUAGGGGUAAAGGAAAUGUCUAUCGCUGGAUCGGCCUGUUCAGAGAUGCCUGGGAGUGGUCAGAUGGCAGCAGCUCCUCCUUUCGCCACUGGGAUUCUGGACAACCAAGCUUCGACUCCAGUUCAAACGGUCUCUGUGUGGAAAUUCGGUCCUCUGGUCUGUGGAAUGAUGAACCGUGUGACAGUCAAAGAUACUUUGUCUGCUAUGAAGACAAGCUGGUCCUGGUUCGUGAGAACAAGACCUGGAUGGAGGCUAUGCAGUACUGCAGAGAGCACCAUGUGGACCUGGUGUCUGUGACCUCUGAGAAGAUCCAGCGCUGGGUGGAGGGGUGGGCCAAAGGAGCCUCAUCUCCCCACGUGUGGCUGGGCCUGCGCUACUCCUGCACUUUUGGCUUCUGGUUCUGGGUCAGUGGAUACUCCGUCUGCUACGACAACUUCGCCUCAGAUGCAGACAGAAUGCCGGGCUGUGACAUAGCUGGGGGGGCAGUCGACAAACAUGGUGGCCAGUGGGUCAGCCUGCAGGAGACUCAGCAACUCAACUUCAUCUGCACUAAUGAGGAGUGUUAG